GUUGCCAGGCGACGCCGCGAUGCGGACGCCGCUACGGAGGCGGCCGUGUAGGAGCUGACGGCGCUCCUGUCACGGUGGCGGGCGAGGCUCCGCCGGCGGCCAUAACUGAGGUGGCUGUGGCCUCGUCUGUCUUUUUGUGGUUUAAUUAAGCUGUGCCCGAUUCGGGGCCGGUCUUUUGGGCAGUACACGGCGUUUUUCCGUACAACUUCCUUCCUUCCUUAGCCGCACCCUUUCCGCCUUCACGCCCUCAUCCUAUUGGCUUAUUCCCCACACGUCCCCAUUUCCCCGGCGCUGAUUGGCUGUUACCCCAUCAAUCUCCCCGUUGCUACGCAACACCGGCAAAGGGCGGAGAGGAAGGCGGCCAUGGCGGCGCCCAUCAGCGAGCCCUCAGCGUCCGUGGCGCUGUCGGAGCUCACGGCGCUGCUCUCCCCAUCCUCCCCCGCCGCUCCCGAAGCAGCCGAGGCCGCUCUGGCCCUGUCUGGCAGCGCCUCAGGCCGGGCGCUGCUCGCUGAACACCCCGCGGCCUUAUCGGCCUUGUCCGCCAUGGCCGCCUCGGCCUCGCGUGGAGCGCGGCCCGCCUUGGCCGCGCUGGUGAACGCAUCCUCCGAGCCCGCCGCGCUGGAGCCGCUUCUCGCCGCCGUCCCUUCGCUUCUCCCGCUUCUCCCCAGCUCCGGAGCGGCGUGCGGGGUGCUGGCAAACCUGAGCCGGGACGCGGCGGCGGCGCCGCGGGUGCUGCGGGCGCUGGGCCCCGGAGCGGAGGCGCCGCUGCUGCGGGCGCUGAGCGCGGAGCGGCCGCCGGCGGAGCUCGGAGCGCUGCUCUGCAACCUCAGCCAGGCCCCCGAGGGCCGCGGGGCGCUGCUGGAGCCCUCAGGGCGGGUGCUGCGGCGGCUCCUGGCCCUGCUGCGCUGCCCGGACACGGAGCUGAGGAGAGGAAUCGUGGGGGCGCUCAGGAACUGCUGCUUCCAGCACG